UUUUUACUCCUAUAUAGUAGUCGUUGGCUUUGCUUUUUCUUUAGUGAGUUGUCAAUACUUUAAACGGCAGCAAAUAACAAACUGCUUGUUCAGAUAUGGAUUUGCGUGACGAAAAGCUGUACAUGUGCACCCUGUGCCUUAAGAGAUGUCUAUGGAAGGAUCUCUCCAAGAGAGAGCUCCGUUGUCCUCGAUGCAGUCUGCCUCCCAAAAGCUGUGCCAUUUGCGAUAAGAUGUUUGAGCCGCGUGAUAAGUCAAAUUCCUACUGCAAGCGCUGCGAUUUCUACAUUCUCAGACACGCAGCCGUCAAGCCACCUCCAAUUCCAACACAGGACUGCCCCGAAGGACGAUCGGAUGUGAAGCAGAACAGGAAUGGAUCCUCGAUCACAGAUCGCUGGAAGGAGAUCAAGGCAGCUUCUGGGAUUGUGGACGAUUUUUGUACGAGCGACUAAGAAUGAGAGUCCCAAGUUUUUUUGAUUACC